AUGUGGAUCGCGUUCAUCGUCACCAUCCUUUCUUACCAACCUCUUGGUGGCCGUGACCCUGCAGCGUUCAACCUUGGUGUCGCUAUACUGCUCCUGCUGGUUAUCGUCGUAUCGGCAACAUUCUACGCCCUCGUGGACUGGCAUGCUUCACGAAUUAUGAGCUCCAUCAAGACACUCAUCGCUGAAGAAGCCGCCGUGAUACGCGACGGCAAGCAGCAGACGAUUUCUGCCAAGGAUAUCGUUGUUGGGGACAUCGUCGUUCUCUCUAUGGGUGAUCGUGUUCCUGCAGACUUACGGCUCGUGGAAAUAUCCAGCGAUGUCAGGUUCGACCGCUCACUUUUGACGGGCGAAAGUGAUAUGAUUCCGGGGACGCUUGAGAACACCUCGAUGAACGCCCUUGAGACCCGUAAUCUCGCCCUCACUUCCACCUUUGUCGUGCAGGGUACAUGCCGUGGCGUGGUGUUCGCUAUUGGCGACAAGUCCGUCAUGGGUCGCAUUAUAGGAAUGUCGGGCGAAAGUAAAUUCAAACUCACAACCGUUCAACGCGAAGUUUGGUUUUUCACCAAGAUUAUAUCUGGUCUCGCGCUCUUGCUGUUCUGCGUCGCAAUGAUUGUGUGGGCGACGUGGCUUCGCACCAGCUAUCCGACCUACGAAACGGCGAGUGAGGCUAUCAUCAAUUCUAUUGGCUGUUUGACUGCCUUCGUACCUCAGGGGCUUCCUGUUGCCGUGGCGCUGUCUCUCACCAUUGUUGCGAAGCGUAUGGCCAAGCGGAACGUGCUUGUCAAAAACCUGGCAACUAUUGAAACUCUCGGCUGUAUGUCUGUCCUGUGCUCCGACAAGACAGGAACGCUCACUAUGGGCAAGAUGUCUGUGCAGAACGUCGCCUUCCUCGAUGCUCAAUACCGUCUUGACGAUCUGAUGGCCUAUGAACAAGAGGCUCCAGCGCCCGCAGGGUUGAGCGCUCUUCAUAUGGUAGCUCGCCUGUGCAACGGAGCAAAGUUUGAGUCGGGCUCUGACAACGUCCCUGUGGUGGAGCGCUCUGUCAAGGGCGAUGCGACGGACACCGCAGUCCUUCGCUUCGCCGAAUCCCUCAAGAUUCCAUCUCUCGGUCUCGAUGCUGUAUCUCUUCUGGCGUCAAACGAGAAGCUCUUCGAGAUUCCCUUCAAUUCUCGAAAUAAGUGGAUGCUCACAGCGGUCCGCGAACUUCGUUCAACAGCUCCCAGUGCUGACGACUCCGAACCCGCCAUCUGGAUGCUUGUGAAAGGGGCUCCGGAUGUGCUCUUUCCAGCGUGUACGACGGUCAUGCAGUCCAACGGCUCGUGCCUGCCGUUCGACCACAACGCCCGCCGCAGACUCCUUGCUCUCCAGGAGGAAUGGAGCACCCAAGGACAACGUGUACUCGCUCUGUGCCGUCGAUCAUUGAACGACGUGAAGCUCAACAUGAUUCACGCAACGUCUGCGAAUGAUGUCGAGGAGUUGAUGUAUGCAGAAUUGCAGAACCUGACGCUGGUUUCUCUCGUCGGUAUUCGUGAUCCCCCUCGCGCAGACGUACCCAAUGCUGUAGCGAAAAUUCGUCGGGCGGGAGUGCGAGUAUUCAUGGUCACUGGAGAUUUCAAAUUGACGGCACUCGCCAUCGCCAGACAGGCUGGAAUUGUCACACAGGAGAAAGUCGAUACUCUCGAGCAGCUGCGAUCAACGGACGGCACCACACGAUUUAUCGGUGCAACCCCUGCAGAGAUCAAACCGAACGAGAAUGAUCCGAUCAGAGCACUCGUCUUGACGGGCGACGACAUUGAGACGUUGGAGGCUGACGACUGGGAUGUCGUUGUUGGUCACUACACUGAAAUCGUCUUCGCACGCACGACUCCGGAACAGAAGCUCAGAAUUGUCGAGCAGAUCAAGGCUCGCGGGGACAACACUGUCGCCGUUACUGGCGACGGGGUAAAUGAUGCGCCCGCAUUGAAGGCGAGCGAUAUAGGCGUUGCAAUGGGAAGUGGCAGUGAUGUUGCAAAGGAAGCGGCGGCGAUGGUAUUGCUCAAUAAUGAUUUCUCUUCUAUCGUGGUCGCCAUUGAAAUGGGCCGCCUCGUGUUCGACAACUUGAAGAAAGUUAUGAUAUAUCUGAUGCCUGCCGGAAAUUACACUGAAUUCAUACCCGUCUUCGCUAACGUGUUCCUGGGAAUGCAGAUCGCCCUCAGCUCCUAUUUGCAAGUCUGCUUCUGCAUAACAAACGAUGUAGUGAUGUCCAUAUCCCUCAUGUAUGAGAAGCCCGAGGCUGAUCUUAUGUUGCGCAAGCCACGCAACGCAAGGACCGAUAGGUUGACCGACUGGCGCUUCUUCAUUCAGAUCUACCUGUUCAUCGGGCUGAUGAUGUGGCCGUGUGCCAUGAGCAUGUGGUUCCUAUACAUGAAGCAACAGGGCCUCGGCUUCCGCGAUGUCAUCCUCGUAUACGACAAGUGGACGGACGGAUACAAGGGCUAUUCUAUUGCCCAGCUUACCCAUUUCGUCUCGGUCGGCCAGUGCACCUACUAUGUGGCAAUGGUGUUCAUGCAGUAUGGCGGACUGCUUUCUGUGCGCAAUCGCCGAGUCUCGAUCCUGCAGUCAAAUCCACUCUGGGGUCCCCGCCGCAACCUCGUAGUACCGCUUGGCAUGAUCGGCACUGCGCUCAUCGCCGUUGUCAAUCUCUAUGGUCCCGGACUACAGGACGUCUUUGGGACGGCCCCGAUCCCCGGCAUGUUCUGGGGCAUUCCGUUCGCGUUUGCUCUCGGGAUUCUCACAAUGGACGAGAUCAGGAAGGCGAUCGUGCGCGCGUAUCCUAGGUCAAUUGUCGCCAAAAUGGCUUGGUAAUACCAUUAGGCUGUCUCGGCUUCAUAGUCAGUGUGUACAGACUGUGUUCCAUCGGUUCAGAUUUAAGUAUCUAAACAUAGCGAUUGGAGGCCCUGUGUGUAGUAGGGUUUCUCUCUAUCUCCCUUCGCAUUUUCGUAUAAUACGCUUGGAUACUGAAUCAUGCUAAUCCUUG